AUGGAGAGAAGUGAGGAGAGAGGUGGCAGUGACAAGCCUGCAAAGCAAGAGCACAGGAGUGGGGAGCCAGGGUUGAGGCUGAAGAGGGAGAUUGGUCUGUGGAGUGCGGUGUCCAUAACUGCUGGUUCUAUGAUUGGUUCUGGCAUCUUCAUGUCACCACAAGGGGUCUUGGUUUACAUGGGCAGUGCCGGAGCCAGUCUUAUUGUCUGGGCAAUCUGUGGCCUCCUGGCCCUGCUGGGUUCCCUGUGCUAUGCUGAAAUGGGCAGCCUGGUUCCUGAAUCUGGGGGAGACUAUGCCUACAUUUUGCGAACUUUUGGCUCUCUGCCCGCCUUCCUGGUUAUCUACAUGUUCGUUCUAGUGGGCAGACCAGCUGCCAUCACCGCCGUCUCUCUGAGCUUCGCUGAGUAUGUGCUGGCUCCCUUCUACCCAGGCUGCUCCUCACUACCCCAGACCCCAGUCAAGAUUGUGGCUUUUUCCUGCAUCCUGCUUCUGCUGCUGAUCAACUUCUGGAGCUCACGGAUGUCCACCGUGGUGAUGAACGUGUGCACGGCUGCCAAAGUGUUCUCACUGAUAGUCAUUGUAGUGGGUGGGGUUGUGGUGCUGGCCCAGGGCUACAGUCGCACAGAUUUCCUGCUGUCUGCCUUCCACAACACAACAAAUCAGGCUGGGCGCAUUGGCAUGGCUUUCUACCAGGGGCUCUGGUCCUUUGAUGGCUGGGCUAAUAUCAAUACAAUGGCAGAGGAGCUGAAGAACCCAAAGCAGAACCUGGUGUGGGCAGUGAUGAUUGCCAUCCCCCUGGUCACCAUCCUCUAUGUCCUGGUCAAUAUCAGCUACCUGCUGGUUAUGUCACCCUCUGAGAUUCUCUCCUCUGAUGCCAUAGCUGUGACCUGGGGGAACCAGGUUCUGGGAUCCUGGGCCUGGCUGGUGCCUGUGGCUGUUGCACUUUCGACCUUUGGUACUGUCAAUGCGGUGUUCUUCAGCGGCAGCCGAGUGUGCUACGCAGCCGCAAGAGAAGGUCACAUGCCCCAAAUCAUGUCAAUGAUUCACGUGAAUAGACUCACACCAGCCCCAGCACUGAUCUUCACCACAGCUGUGGCUUUGGUCCUGGUAUUCCCAGGAAGCUUCAGCCUCUUUGUGAACUUCCUGAGCUUUAUGUCCUGGCUCAUCUUUGGAACCACCUUUAGCUGUCUCCUGUAUUUGCGAAUAAAGACAAAGAAUCUUCCCCACGCUUACAAGGUUCCCACCUUCAUUCCUGCCUUCAUGGUCCUGGUGUCUCUCUGCCUGGUUCUGGCACCCAUCAUUGACCAGCCCCAAAUGGAAUUCUUGUACGUCUUCCUGUUCGUGCUCAGUGGCUUCCCAGUGUACUUCCUACUUUUCCACUUCCGGUGUCAACCCAAGUGUAUACAAACGGUCACUAUGCAACUCCAGCUGCUCCUGGAAGUUGCUCCAACCACUAAAGAUAAUUGACUGGGUGAUCCUAUAGGGUGCACUGCUCCCUUCAAUGCAGACCCCACUAUUCCUACUGGUUCUCUGUAGACUGACGAUGCAUAAUUCUAGUAAGCACUUGUGUUAUAGUACAGCUGCUUCCAGGUUUGGGAAUAUCUACCAGGACACUGUCACAUUUCUUUGAAACCUAUUCCUUUGACACAGGUACAGCCUUGUUUCACAAAGAAACAGCUAGUUACAGAUAGCUAUUUAAUUGCUAUUUGUAGCCUAAAUGGGUAGUCCUGAAUGAGUUUGUUCUUUGGGUUUCUGUCAUUGGAAUUCUGUAGUCUUAUUUGGCCUCUGAUGUUGCUUGAGCUGAAGAUGUGCACAUCUUGGGAUUUAAAUGGGGCCAUUUGUAUCAAAUGGGCAGAGAAGUAGAGAAAGCCAGUAUGGCAAGAAGGAUGAGGACACUAUAGGAGAGAUAUGUUUAAAAAAAUGAUGUGGCACUGAAGAAUGAGGAGGCAGGAUCUGAAAGAGUAGUUUUGAUCUUUGUCAUGUAGUUUAAGUGCCACUUGAUAUUUUUUGGGAUUUAUAUCCUCCUCCUCCUCUUUUUCUUCUUCCUCCUUCUUCUCUUUCUUCUCCUCCUCUUCCUCUUCUUCCUCCUUCUUUUUCUAUUUUUGCAAACCUGGAUAUAGGCAAGCACUGUAGCAUCAAAUUUCUUGGGAUAACUUAUACCAUAAAAUAAAUUUCUCAUUUUGCCUCCAA